AUGACCCAGCAACAGCCACCACCCUAUCACUGGGAUCCUCUGCAUCUGCUACGGCUACCGGGGCCGCCAGCUGACCUAACUCCAGAACCACAACUGACACCAACGCCUCCUCCCCCGGGGAAGGGUAGUGAACAACAGAGCUCUGCUAUACCGGUAACAUGGGGAGGUUUGAAAGCCCUCUCCUCCAAAGCUGAGCAGGUCUUCUCGGCUACCGGAGCACUGGGUGCUAGCCUUGCCCUAGGUUUACACAGGCAACCUUCUGUCUCCAUUUCAAGGCAAUAUGUUCUGAUGGUCCCUGUUGUUCUACAAGAAGUCUCUUUGGAAACAAUUUGUGUCCAGCUUUUUAAUCUUACUGAAACUGUUACUUUGACUGUCUCCAUCGACUAUGAUGUGGUCCAGAAGACAGUAGUUAAAGAGAAAGUUACAAGAGAGAAUUUCUUCAAAUGCAUCAACUUCGAGGUUCCUAAGGCCGGACCUGACCCACUGGCUUUCAUCACAUUUUCUGCUCAAGGAGCCACUCUCAACCUGCAAGAGAGAAGAUCUGUGGCAAUCCAGACCAAUAGAGAUAUGGUCUUUGUGCAGACAGAUAAACCAAUUUACAAACCUGGACAGAGAGGUAAGCAUAUGAGGUUUCGAAUUGUGUCUCUGAAUAAUUAUUUGAAGCCUGUUAAUCAAAAGUAUCCAGUGAUCACCCUUACGGAUCCAGAUGGCAAUAGAAUCCAACAGUGGAACAAUGAGGAGUCUUCUGGAGGUCUCGUGCAACUCUCCUUCCCGUUAAUCUCGGAGCCUAUCCUUGGCCAGUAUGGUAUCUCCGUGGAGACACUCUCUGGAGAGAAAACAGAUGAGUUCUUCUCUGUGGAAGAAUAUGUGUUACCCAAAUUUGAAAUGACUGUGGAUGCACCAGAAAAUGUCUUAGUUGUGGAUCCUGAAUUCAAAGUUAACGUCUGUGCCUCAUAUACCUAUGGCAAACCUGUGGAGGGGGAAGUUCAACUUACUGUGUGCAGGGAGGCUCCAUAUGGAUCCCAUUUUUGCAGGCUUCCUAUCAAUUCACUCUGUGAAAAUUUUACCACUCAGUUAGGGAAAGCUGGCUGUGCCUCCCAUCUUGUUAACACAAGUGCUUUUGAGUUAUAUCGGGAAGGAUACCAGAAUCACCUUGAAGUGAACGCUCUUGUCACAGAACUUGGAACAGGUGUGCAGCUUACACGCACCGAGUACAUAUUUAUAAAUUCAGCAAUGGUGAGGAUUCAAUUUCAGAAUAUGGAUACAGUCUACAAACAGGGAAUCCCUUAUUUUGGCCAGAUUAAAUUGCUCCAUCCAGACAACACUCCCAUCCCAAAUGAAAUCGUCCAGUUGUACCUGGAGGACAAAACUGUGGGCAACUAUACCACAGAUAUAAGCGGCACUGCUCAAUUUUCCUUGGACACAUCUAAGAUUACACACCCGUUUAUCACUUUGAAAGCAAUCUACAAGAACAAUGAAUACUGCAGGUUUCCUGGCUGGACAUUACCUUAUUAUCCUCAGUCAGACUACUUUGUACGACGAUUUUACUCCAAGACUAAUAGCUUCAUAAAAAUUGUCCCAGAGAUGGAAGAACUGAGAUGCAACCUGCAGAAGAGGGUGACAGUGCACUACCUUCUCAAUAUGCGAGGCUUUGAAGACAAAACUUACACGGCGCCCUUCAAUUAUUUGGUGAUUUCAAAAGGUGUAAUCAUUCUUUAUGGGCAACAGAAAGUUGAGAUCAAAGAUAAUGAUAUGAGGGGCACAUUUUCCAUCCCUAUAGAAGUUAGCACAGAGUUAGCUCCCUCUGCAAUUAUGCUGGUCUACACUUUACAUCCUGGAGGAGAAAUGGUCGCUGACAGUACCCAAUUCGAAAUUGAGAAAUGCUUUAAAAAUAAGGUCAACUUAAAUUUCUCUAAGGAAAAAAGUUCACCAGGAUCCGAUAUCAGCCUUCAGGUCUCGGCUGCCUCAAACUCUCUUUGUGCCCUUUGGGCUAUAGAUGAAAGUGUAUUGUUACUAAGGGAUUAUAAUCAGCUAUCAGCACAAAGUGUAUAUAAUAAGCUAUAUUACAGGCAACUAUAUGGCUAUUAUUUCAAAGGACUUGACUUAGAGGAUAGCCCUAAACAGCCAUGUCUCAAACGAGAACAAAUCCUUUAUAAUGGAAUUUAUUAUGUACCUGCCUGGGCUGACUUUGGAAGAGAUGCCUAUGACCUUGUGGAGGCAAUGGGGUUAAAGGUUUUUACCAACUCUCAUUACCGGAAACCAGUACUGUGCAAGAAGAAUCCCAGCCAUCCGGACUGUGAUGACGAAGAUAAAGAAUUUUUGAAGCCUUCUGGGAGUUUUGAAGCUGGAGGGAUUGCCCCUUUCCGUUCUUAUGUCAAUACUGUGCGGAAAUCAUUUCCUGAAACUUGGGUUUGGAAUCUUAUCACAACUGACUCCCGGGGGAAAGCCAGUCUUCCUCUUACUGUUCCUGAUACCAUUACACAGUGGAAGGCCAAUGGAUUCUGCCUAGAUGAUAAAGCUGGAUUUGGCAUCUCCCCAACCAUCUCCCUGACAGCUUUUCAGCCCUUCUUUGUGGAUCUUACUCUCCCCUAUUCAGUUGUUCGAGGAGAAGCAUUCACUCUGAAGGCCAACGUCUUCAACUACCUGAAUAGAUGUGUUCAGAUUAGUACUGUACUGAAAGCAUCUAAUGCUUACCAAAUCAAACGUCUCCCAACUGAAGAUGAAAAUGUUUGCAUAUGUGGCGGUGAGAGAAAAUCCUAUGCUUGGCUGGUUACUCCCCAAGCACUGGGUACUGUCAACCUCACUGUCGUUGCUGAAACCCUGACGAACAGUGCCUGUGGAGAUGGGUCUUCCGAGUCUCUGAACACUGGCUGGAGGGAUACGCUGAUCAAACCACUGCUGGUAGAGCCUGAAGGUAUUGAAAGGGAGAUGACACAGGGCUCACUUAUUUGCACAAGUGGAACCACAGUAUCUCAAUCAGUGGUGCUAGCAUCACCAGAAAAUCUUGUGCAAGAUUCAUCUAGAGCUUAUUGGUCUGUUCUUGGAGAUCUUCUUGGUUCUGCCAUGCAAAACUUAAGGAAUCUUCUCCAAAUGCCUUUUGGUUGUGGAGAGCAGAAUAUGGCUCUAUUCGCUUCCAAUAUUUACAUCUUGGACUAUCUGAGUCAGACUCAACAACUGACAGAAGAGAUAAAAUCCAAGGCUAUUGCAUACCUGAUCGAAGGAUAUCAGAAGCAGCUGUCUUAUAAACACUCAGAUGGAUCAUAUAGUACCUUUCGACAAAGAGAUCAGCAAGGAAACACAUGGCUCACUGCAUUUGUUUACAAGUCAUUUGCACAAGCUAAACGCUACAUUUAUAUUGAUGACAAAGUUCAGUCCCAAACCCUUAUUUGGCUCAUAAGUACUCAGGAAUCAGAUGGCUGUUUCCCAAAUUUUGGCAACGUCUUCAACAAUGCUUUGAAGGGACAAGAUGAUAAGAUUUCUCUCACUGCAUAUGUUAUCAAUGCACUGAUUGAAGCUGGUCACCCAAUCUCGUUGGUGGCAAUUCAAAAUGGUCUCCAAUGCAUACGGGCUGCAUCUAUGGACAGGGCGAUUACUACCUAUGAGCAGGCCCUUCUGGCCUACACUUUCACUUUAGCGGGCUAUGAAGACAGAAGGAAAUUCUUUAUCAAUGAGCUGAACAAAAAAGCAAAGAAAGUAGGUGAGUGCACUGGACCUUUCCCAGUAACAAUUCGCAUCUUGAGUGGCUCAGUGCACUGGGAACUAGAAAAGCUGCACUCUGUGGCAGGUGCAUAUCCCUACUACCCUUGGGCUUCCUCUGCAGAGAUAGAGAUGACCUCUUAUGUCCUGUUGGCCAUUCUCUCCAAGCCACAGCUGACCUCAGAAGAGCGGUCCUAUGCUUCUCAGAUUGUACAGUGGGUGGCAAAGCAGCAAAAUUCCUAUGGAGGUUUCUCCUCCACGAGGGAUACUGUUUUGGCUCUCCAAGCCCUGACCGUGUUCCAAAGGCUCACUUUCUCUAAAAACAGACAAAAUUCAGUGCUGAUUCGUUCUGAUCAAGCUUUCUCCGCUGGCUUCCAAGUGAAUGAUGAGAACCGUUUGCUGCUACAACAAACCCAACUGCCGACAACGAACAGAAACUACACGGUGGAAGUGAGUGGCAAUGGUUGUGUAUACGUACAGACAAUCCUGAAAUAUAACAUUCUACUCCCCAGCAAGUCAUCUGGGUUUUUUCUUUCUGUGAAUACAGAAAAUGCUGUCUGCAGAGGAUCAUUUGAGAAAAAGUUUGACCUUGUUAUUUCAGCCAGUUAUCAUGGAAAGCGCAGCACUUCCAACAUGGUAAUCAUUGACGUGAAGAUGCUUUCAGGCUUUGUACCUGUCAGAUCAUCUAUUGAGAAGCUUCAGAGAGAUGGCAAAGUACAACAAGUAGAAACCAAAACCUCCCAUGUCUUUUUCUAUUUGGAGAAUGUUACUGAAAAGAAAAUUCAGUUCUCAUUCUCCGUUGAACAAGAUGCACUUGUAUCCAACAUCAGGCCAGCAUCCGUUCAGCUCUAUGAUUACUAUGAAACUGAUGAAUAUGCACUUGCAGAAUACAACACACCAUGUAAUCAGAUGUAUUUUGAAAGCUGCUACCUCUAG